AUGAAUUUAUGGUUAAUCAGAUUGUUAAUCCUUUCAGCUGUUCUAGGAUGGAAAGAUUAUUAUCAAGAUUUUCGAUAGAUUUUUCUAUCAGGAGACAAUUUAUGUCCUGGUUUGCAUGUACACAUGCCUGGUUUACAUCCACAUCAAUGUGUUUGUAAAUAUUACUUAUAUUUAUUAGCUUACUCUUAAAUAUGUGAAGGAGUAACACAAGUAGAAGCUAGAUUAGAUGAGAAUAAUUUUUAACAUUUAUGUCAUCCAAGAUUCAACACAUACAAAAUGAAAAAGGACAAUAUAACAGUAAUUUGUGAUGGAAAUGAUCUGUAUUUGUUGAUUAGACUAAGUGAGGAUGGACUUUUUCAUUAUAGUUGCGCUUGUAUUUCUAGUAAAUAAUUAUAAUAGAAAAUGAAGGGGAAAAUAGAUGUUUAAUCUAUUUUAUAACAAUGUCUCCUUUAAAUGGGUAUUGUUAAUUUUGUAAGCCUCCUUUUUAUGGAUUCAAUUGUCAUAAAAUAUAAGAAGGGUAUGAUGAAGCAAAAAGUCUUCCUUCACCUUAUUGUAAUAAAAGCUAAUUUAAUAAUAGAUUGUGGUUAUCCUACUUGUGCAGAAUGCGAAUUUAAAGGAAAAUGUACAAAAUGCAUUCCUAGAUUUAUAAAUCCAAUAAAUUAGAGCUAGCCUCAGAAUUGUUAAAUUUUUUGUGGAAGUAAACAUCUCUAAUGUGAAUAAUUAAUUAAUGGAACAGUCUAAUUUACUGAUACUUGUCUCUCUGAUUACUUUCCUACGACUGAAUUUGGAUGUUGGCGUAUUUAUUUUAAAAUUAUAAUUUAUAGCGUUAUGUAAUGGUUGUGCCAGUGGGUACAUGUUUAAAACUCUAGAUAAAAGAUAUUUUUUUGCCAGUGAUCUCUGUGAAGUUGGUUAUAUCAAUCUCGUUAGAUGGGCUAAUUAUUAGUUAAAAUGGUGUUAUACCCAUGAAGGAUGUUUAACGUUUUACACUUACAAUAUUAAUUAUAUAAAUUCUACAGGUGAAGUUAUUUAUAAAGUAUUAUUGUUUAUAUUGUAAUUAGAAAAGUUGUGUUUAAUGCGAUCUUGGAUAUUAUUUUAGCGUAGAUGCUUGCAUAAGUAAUUAAUCAAUAAGAAAUUUAUAGGAGUUUCUUUCAGUUAUUCGAAUUGUUUUUAUAUGAAUUAAUUUGAUAAUAACAAAUGUAUCGCUUGUAAACCAUUGAAUGCUCUAAACAAAGAUGGUUCUUGUUAACCUAUUACAUGCAAUAAAAACUGCCAAACAUGUUUGGAUACUAAUCCUAAUUUUUGUACAACUUGUAAUUUGUCUGAAAAUCGUAAGCUUGAUGUUAUUUAUGGUACUUGCUUUUGCUUAUCCCCAUAUGGCAUUUAUAUUGACAUUUGUAAACCAUGCAAAGAGGGUUAUUGCAAUGAAUGUGAACCAUUUGAUUUUUCUUAAUGUACUUCUUGUAAGCCAGAAUCAAAUAGAAUUUUAUUCGAUAAAAAAUGUUUUUGCUAGCCUGGUUCAUAUGAUCCUGGAAAUCAAGAUUAAGUUUGCCUUUGUAUAAUAAAUGAUUCAUAUUUUAAGUUUGCGACUAAUCUUGUCUAACUUGUUCAGGUCCCUCAAAUUUAUAAUGUACUCAAUGCUUAGAUGAAAGUAUAUCGAACAGAAUUUUUUUUGAUAAUUCUUGUCUAUGUAAGUUAGGAUAUGCAGAUUAUAAAAUAAAAGAAUCUAAAUGUGGCAGUAUUUAUGAAAAUUAAUUCAGAAUGUCAUCCAAGAUGUCGAACCUGUUUUUAAGCUGCUGAUGAAACUACUAAUUAAAAUUGUCUAACUUGUUUUCCUGGAGAAAAUCGUAUAAUCUCAGAUAAUUUUAAUUGAGAAUGCCAAGAUAACUAUGGUGAAGGAAAUGAUGCUUCCAACAUUUGUUUACGUAAUUUCACACCUUAAACAUAGCUUGUCAUUAUACAUGUGGAAGGUGUUUUAAUUCUGAACACACAGGUUGCAUAUUUUGUUUAGAUAGCUCAAACAGAUAUUUAUAAACUUCAGGAGAAUGUCUAUGUAAACCUUCAUAUUAUGAUGACCAAACAAAUAAUAUUUAAUGCGAAAGUAAUAUAUACUUAUUAUAUAAUUAAUAGCAUGCCAUUAUUCUUGUAAAGAGUGUAUAGACAGUCCUGAAAAAGAUGCAUGCAUAAAAUGCCCUGAAUCUAGAGUAUCUAGUGAUCCAUCAGCUGGUUAAUUUUAAUGUAUUUGUGAAUCUUCACAUAAUUUUGAUGAUGGAUUUUAAAUUCUUUGUCAAUAAUGUCAUUAUUCUUGUUUAACUUGCAAUGGCCCAUUUUCAUCUAAUUGUCUCACAUGUGAUACAACUUAUAGAUAGCUAGAUUAUUCAACAUGCAUAUGUCCAAAUGGUUACUAUGAUAAUGGAUAAUUAAAAUGUGCAAGUUAAUUUAUUCAUUAAUAUUUAGAUUGUCAUUAUUCUUGUUAGAGAUGUUUCGACAAUACUGAAUAUGCUUGUAUUAUGUGUUCAUUUGAACUUUAAUUUAGAGUGCCUAAAGGCAAUAUGUGCAAAUGCGCUGAUGGAUAUUAUGAAGAAGCUGGUAUAGCUUAGUGUUAAAGUAAUUAUUAUAUUUAUUAUUAAUUUAUAGAAUGCUCACAUAAAUGUGCAACAUGUUUGUCUGGACCUGAUAAAUGUUUAACUUGUCCAUUAAAUUCUCUUCGUACACUUGAUUCGAUAAAGGGCUGCUUAUGUUAAGAUAAUUUAUACGAUAAAAAUGACGAGAUAAUCUGUUAAAGUAUUUAUAAUAUUAAUUAGAGAAUGCCAUUUUAAAUGUAAAACCUGUAGUUAUUAUGGUGAAGAGAAAUGUCUUAGUUGUGACUCUCUUACAAAUAGAGAAUUUAAACUUAAUUAAUGUAAAUGUCAACCUCAUUACUUUGAAUAGGAAGUUUAACAAUGCGCAAGUAAUUAUUAGAUUUAAAUUUAGUUUGUAGUUAGUUCUGCUAUGAAUGUAUUAACAAAUUUGACAAUUGUACUUCAUGCUAUGCUGAUAGAUACUUAGAGGGAAGUACAUGUAAAUGUACCACAAAAUUUUUUGGAGGUGCAAUAAGUACAUUUGAUGGUUUUUUCAAAUGUUAAUGUAAUAAGUUAAUUUAAAUCAGAAUGUCAUUUUUCCUGUGGAACUUGUAGGGGUGGUUUAGCUAUAGAUUGCCUUACUUGUAUGGAAUAUGAACAUAGAUACUAAGUUGGAAAUACUUGUAAAUGUAAAAAUGGAUAUUUUGAUGUUGGGUUACCUGUUUGUGAAAGUAUUUAUAAAUUUUAUUGAUAGAAUGCAAUUAUUAAUGUAAAGAAUGUAAAUACUAAGCUGAUAGCUGCAUCUCAUGUCAAGAUAAUACCUUGAGGAAAUUAAAUGUCAAUAAAUGUUAAUGUAUUUAAAAACAUUAUGAUGAUGGAAAAAAUGAAAUUUGCCAAAGUAUGUAUUAAUAAAUAAUUAAUAGUAUGCCAUUAUUCAUGUCUCAGGUGCAAAGAUAUUGAAACUAAAUGUGAAUAUUGUUCUGUUGAAUCUAAUAGAACUUAUAAUGAACAACUUUUUUCUUGUGAUUGUAAUAUUGGAUAUUAUGAUGCUGGAAUUGAAAUCUGUUAAAAGUGUCACUAUUCAUGUCUAAAUUGUAAUUCUGCAGGCUCAAAUUUCUGUGUUUCCUGUGUAGAUUCAAAAACUUCUAACAGAAUAUUCCAUAAUUAUACUUGCAAAUGCUUAUUAGGAUAUUUUGAUGAUGGUUUAUCCGUAAAGUGUUAAGAAUGUGAUAUCUAGUGUUUAAGUUGUAUUGAUUAAUCUCACUUGUGCACAUCAUGUCCCCAAACAAGAUAAAUAGAAAGUAAUUGCAAAUGUGCAGACGGAUAUUACGAUGUUGGUUAAUAACUUUGCUAAAAAUGUAAUUAAUUGUGCCAGACAUGUUAAUUUACUUAGAAUAAUUGUACAUCAUGUUAUACUGAUCAAUUUCGAAGUUAUAACUCAAUUACUAAGCUAUGUGAUUGUUAAAUUGGCUAUAUUGAAAUUAAUGGAGUGUGUUUAUAAUGUGAAUAGAGUUGCUUAAGCUGUUAAGAAUCAAUAGAUAAUUGUAUUUCUUGUAGUAAAUUUCGAUAUUUGAAAAAUAAUAAGUGUAUUUGUAUCAAUGGAAUGUUCGAAUCAAUUGUAAAUAAAUAAUGUGAAUUCUGUGAUAAAAGUUGUCUAACCUGUAGUUUCACUAAGUCCUAUUGCUUAACUUGUUCAAUAGAUAAUUAUAGGAUAUUAACAUCUGGAAAUAUCUGUGAAUGUAUAUAAGGAUAUUUUGAAGAUUCAAUUACGUAGAAUUGUGAAAAAUGUGAGAAACCUUGUUUAACUUGCUCACUAUUAUCUACUUACUGUUUGACUUGUGAUUUCACUCUCCAUUUGUUUUUGGUUAAUAAUUAAUGUAAAUGUUAACAAUCCUAUUAUUUUGAUUCUUUGAAUAACUAAUGUGAAUGUAAGAAUUUAUUUAGAUUUAGAAUGCCAUACUACAUGUCUUGAAUGCUCAAAUAAGAGUGAAUGUAUUUCCUGUGAAUUGAUAACCAGAUAUUUAGAUUUAGACCUAAAGAAGUGUUUAUGUAAUAAUGGAUUUUAUGAAAUAAACUAAUAGAGUUGCUAGAGUAAUUAAUUAUUUGAUUAUUUUAGAAUGCCAUUUUUCUUGUGAGACCUGUGAGAAUAUUAAUACUCAUUGUUUAAGUUGUUUAGAAGCAAAUAAUAGAAUUUUAACAAAUAAUAGAUGCUUGUGUUUAGAUGGUUAUUAUGAAGUUGAAAUUGAAUUAUGUUAGAAAUGCGAUACUAUUUGUAAAACUUGUUAAUUCUCUGGCGAAACUUGUUUAUCUUGCUUUGACAUUUAAUAAUUGAGAAUAUUAUCUGAAAAUAAAUGUUUAUGCUAGCCUGGUUAUUUUGAGUCAAACAAUGAUGAUGUUUGCUAAAGUAAUCAUAUUAAAUGUUAAAUAGAAUGUUCAAAUUAAUGCUUAACUUGUAGAGGAUCGGCUGAUUAUUGUACAACUUGUGAUACAAAUUCAAAACGAAUUGAUUAAUCGAUUAUCCAUAUAUGCCCUUGCAUUAUUGGAUUUUAUCAAGAUCAAAAUUCGAAUUGUUAAAGUAAUAACAUUUUUAUUAUUAGAAUGUCAUAUAAAAUGUUAAACUUGUAUAAAUUAAUUUGACUAGUGUUUAAGUUGUUAAUUUUAAUUGGAUUCAAAUAGAUUAUCUAUUUUUGGAUAGUGUAAUUGCAAAGAAGGAUAUUUUGAUGAUGGAAUAUAAUUACAUUGUUAAAAAUGUCAUUUUAAAUGUAAACUUUGUUUAAAUAAAUCAAAUAAUUGUUAAAUUUGUUCAAAUGUGAAAAGAAUUAGUCCACCAACCUGUAAUUGUAUAGAUGGAUAUUAUGAGGAUGAGUAAUUUAUAUGUUAAGGUAAAAUAUAUUUUUUAAAUAAGCCUGCUCUUCUAAAUGUAAUACAUGUUAAACAUCCCCUUCAAAUUGUUUGAGUUGUAGCCCAGGAAGGAUGGGAAUUGAAUGUAAAUGUGUUGAUGGGUAUUAUGAAACUGGAGCAAUAUUUUGUGAAUGUAUAAAAAAAUUAAAUUUAUUUAGAAUGCGCAUUUAAAUGUGGCACUUGCGUUUUAGAUACUUUGAAUUGUGAAACUUGUAAAGGCAAUAGAAUUUAAGUGCCUAAAUGUAUUUGUUAAAUAGGAUAUUUUGAUGAUUAAAAAAAUGAAGAUUGUCAAUAAUGUGAGAGUACUUGUUUAGAAUGCAAUAUAUAUGGGUGUUUAUCUUGUAAUGCAAAUAGAAUAUUAAAUGAAGAAAAGGACUGUGUCCCUCCACCAAAUUCAAUUUAGUACAAUAAUACUCCUUGGUGUUCAAGUAAAUUAUUUCCAUUAUAGAAAAUAGCUUGUCAAGUUGCAGUUGUUCAAAUUUAUUUAUCUGAUGAUAUUAGUAGGAUUAUUAUUCAUUUUGAUUUUCUUUUGAGUUCAUAAGGAUUUAAUUCAGAGUUAGAACUUAAUAAAUGCUUAUAAUUAUUUGAAUUAAAAUCUGUAUAUAGUUUUGGUUAAAAUCCUGUUUGCUACCUUAAUCCAGAUAACAAUCAAGAAAUAUUGAUAUUAUUAGGUGAAAACUCAAAAAUUAAUGUGGGCGAUGAAAUAAUAUUUAUAAAUAAUUCAGUAUCUCACAUUAACUGCGAAAUAUCUAUAUAAAAGUUUAUAUUUACAAUUUUAUAGAUGCCAAUAAAUCUAAUUCCUCCAAAUAUUGAAUAUAAUGUUCCUACUCAUAAACAUAAUCCAUAUGCAGAAAACUCAAUAAAUUUAAAAUCAAUAAAAAAUAAUGGAUUAAGAAGACUAGAUUCUAUAAUUUGGAGUUGUGAAGUAGAAGGAAACAAAAAUACUUAAACUCUUAAUGAAUUCUUAAACUAUAUUAACUUUUUAUAGGAUUAUAAUUUACUGAUACCUAAAAAUACUCUACCACUUAAGGCAGUACUAAAAUUUAAAAUUACAUAUUAAAAUUUCAUUAGAAUUUCAUCCUUUUCUGAAUUUACAAUAUAAACACAUACAGGAGAACUUCCUUAAAUUUAUUUAGUUAUAAAACCCUCCUAUUAUAUUUAUGAAACAAUUUAAAUUUAGAUUUCUGCUGGUUCUUAAAACGAGUAAAUUUCUGACGAUAAAACCUAAUACUUAAUUUAAUUUCAUGAAGUAGAUAAGUACCCAAAAAAAUCUUUAUCUUCAAAAUUGAAUAUAUCAUCUGAAUUUAAUGCCUUUGAAAAAGUUUAUGGAAAUAUUUCAAAAUACACCUUAAGUCCAAACUCAACAUAUACAUUUUAAGUUAUUGUUAAAAAUUUGGUAACUGAUGAUGUUUAAAAUUAAAAUUUCACAAUAAAUAUUCUUUAUGCUGGAUUAAUCUGUAAAUUUAAUCAUGCAGGAUUUUAAAGUAUCAGAAAAGAUUUUUAUCUCAGAAUAGAAUGCAAAGACUUAGACACAAGAUUUGAAUGGAACAAUGAUCCAGAUUUGAAAAUUUAAGUGUCUUGUAAGGAUCUAACAUUAAAUAGUGUUUGUUAAAAUGAUGUCAAUAAAACUGAUUAUUUCCAAUUUAUCAAAAAGAAUUUCAUUUCUACUUUUACUGUAUAAAAAUGGACAGUUAAUGUAUCAAAAUUUUAAUAAUCAUCUCAAUUUUCAUUAAUUGUCAUAUAUUUUGAAGAGGAUUUUCCUUUUUUAGAGCUGGAAUUUAAUUAAGGUUAUUUAAUGAGAAAGAUUAAUAAUUAUGAAUUGCUGAAUUUUACAUUUGUAAUUCCUGAAUUUUAAAAACAUUAUUUGUUUGAUCUGUCAAUAGCAAUAAUAUAUAAUUAUGAGAUAAUAUAAAUACUUGAGCCGAAAUAUAUUUCUCAUAUCUUUAAAAUAUCUAAUAGUCUUAAAGAAUUGAAUUUUGAUAACAAUCUUAAUAUUAAAUUUAAGGCCUAGUUUUCAAACAAUAUAAUGCCAAGCUUAAACAAGAUUAAUUUAAGUAUUAAUAAGCCUCCUUUUUGUUCAAAAUUAUUUAUUACUCGUUUGAGUGAUUUAGCACUCACUAAUAUUUAAGUAGCCGCUACUUGUGAGCAAUCAAAGGAUUCGCCUUACAAAUAUUAACUUAGAUUGUUUUUAAGAGAAAAUGAUUUAACAGAUUUUUUGUAAGGAGCAUCUGAUUACUCCUUGCUUCUCUAUCCAUUUUAGAAUUUAAAUAAAUUUUCAAUUCAAACACCUACUUCUAUUGAUUCAUCGACAAUUGUAGUUUUAUUAGAAGUGCUUGAUAGUGGAGGAUCAAUAACUGAACUUUUUGAAAAGAUUAUUACAAAAUCUGCUUCAAUAGAUUGUUCUAAAAUAUAAUUUGAAAAAAUGAUUUUUUAAAACAAAAUUACAUUACUUUUUGAAGCAAUGAAUUAAAAAUGUGAUUAAUUGCAUAAAAGAAUUUAUUUUGAUUUGCUUAAUUCAUAGAUUUUUUCAGAUUUGAAUGAUAACAUCCUUAAAUUUUAGGCAAUAAAAUUAUAUUAAUAAUUUUAAAUCUAAACAGAAUCCAGUAAGUCUAAAAUUCGUUUAUUAAAUGAAGAUUCUCAAAAAAUAUGUUAUAAUUUAAAUUCAACUUAUUUAGAUAUUACAUUAGACUCUAUAGAGACAUAUGUUAAUCCAACAAUGAAAAUAGACGAUUUUAAAUAGAGUAUCAAUAAAUUAGAUAAAACUCUUAAAUAUUUUAGUAAAAUGAAAAAAGAAUUGGAAGAGAAAUUAAAUUUGAACUAAUUCACUUGGAAUGAAGAAAUAUUUCAAUAAUAUUAAAACUGUUAAGUUGGUAUCAUGAAUCUAUUAUACCAACUUGAUGAAAUUUAUUUGGAAUUCUCUGCUUUUAAUGCAAAAAAUGAAAUAGUUUAUCAAACUAUUGUAGAAUUGCUGAAAAAUAUUAAUGUGAUUGUAGAUGAAAUAUAGGAUACUAUUUUGGUUAAUUCUAAACCUUUAACUAUAAUAGGAAAUGAGAUUAUUUGGCAGAUUAAAAGAAUAACAAAAUAAUUUUUUAACUAGUAAUUUAAUAUUGAACCAUCAGAGAUAGACUAUUUAAUUGAUUUUGUAUAAGUUGAAUCUACAUAUCUUAAAUCAAAUCCACUAAGAUUUACUAAAGAUUUGGAAAAUUAACUUUAAAUAUAAUUUAAUGACUAAACUUUACAAAUUUAUCAUGAAAAUUAUUACUAAAUUUAAUUAAAAAAUGUUUAUCAUAGUAAAUUUCUUGCUAAUGAAAAUUUUUCUACCAUUUAUAGCAUAUAAUUUGGAUCAUAUAAAUUGUGUACCAAUAUUAAAGAGUUCUCAUAAUAAUUUGAAGUAUAGUGUGUAGUGAGAACAAUCUUUAUGAAUUUUAAUUAAUGUAUUUUGAAAAAAGUUCAGAAUAACGACACCAUUGACUUUUUUUGUUAUUGUUACAAUAUUGGUGAUAUUUUCUUAAUAACCUCAAGCAAGUUCAAUAUGUCAAACUCAAGCAAUUAAUCAAUAGCUAAUCUUGAUUUUAAUUCAUCAAUUGAAGAUUUAUGGGAAUUAAGAAUUUUUACAGGUUCUUUAACAUUAAUUUUUAUAACUAAUUAUAUUUAUCAUUUAUAUAAAGAUGGCAAAGAUUAGACAGAAAUAUCUUAAACAGAAUUAAAUAACAUUAGUCAACAAAAUGUUUUAGAUAAAAAUUUAAUUAUCUAUCAAGGUAAUCAUAAAAUAUUCAAGGAAAAAUUAAAAGUAAUUUUGACAAUUAUUUUUAGGAAAUCCACCAAACUAUUUCAAUAUUUUGUUAUAAAGACAAAAUAAUUCGACUAAGUUUUAGGGUUUUAGAAGUUUUCACUUAGAUAAAUUUAUUAUUAACUUUGGCUAUUUUAGAAUGCUAUUUGAUUAAUAAUUAGAUUCUUUAAAUCAGUUUAUUUAUUGUGGGAAACUCUAUUGUAAUUUUGAUUUUGAGACCACUUUUUAAGAUAAUAGAAUCAAUUUAUAGAUUUAGAAAAAUAGCCGCUUUAAUUAGUCAGUUGCUUCUUAUGCAACUUUUAGUAGUGCCUAACUUUAUUUUAUUUCUUUUGGAAUUAUUCAAGUAUUAUAAUAGAUUUAUUUAGUAUAAAAAUGUAAUCAGAAUCAUAUGAAGUGUUUAUAAUCUUUUUAGGAAAUAUCAUAAUUUCAUAAGCCAUUAUAGAGCCACUUAUAAUUUAUGCCAGAAUUAUAAUUUAUAGGCUGAUAGCAAGGAGUAUAAAGAGCAUGAAUCUCAACCCUAUUCAUCAUUUAUUGCAUUUUUUUGUCAUACAUAGCAGUUUAGAAGAAAUCUUUAAUGAUUUUACAAGAAUGUGA